AUGUCGAAAUUGGUCACUACCAUGCUUGAGGACUUGAAUCUGCCAAGAUGGACGACGCUCACCAUUCCGAUUCCAAACUCCACAAGCUCCAGUUUAAAAGGUUUCUGUGAAAUGGUAUUAGAACGUUUGCUAUUUCCCGAUAAUUUUUUGGUUUCCUAUUCCCCGCUGGUGGUAGCGUCAGACAUCAAAAAGCUUGAAGAGUGGUCCGAGGACUUUUUCAAUGUCGAUUAUCCCAUGCUUUUCGAGAUCAUAAUGGCUGCCAAUUAUCUGGACAUUCCCAAACUACUCGAUGAUGGAUGCAAGAAGAUCGCCCACAUGAUGAAAGGAAAGACUCCCGAAGAAAUUCGCACUAUGUUCAACAUUACGAACGACUUUUCCCCAGAAGAAGAGGAGGAAAUCCGCAGGGAGAAUGCUUGGUGUGAAGGAUAA